UGCUUCCUCUAGACAAAACAUGGCAGGGUCGUCCUCCGGAAUGACCUUAGGCUCUGUGAACCCGGCGGUGACUCUAGCAGGCACCACGGAUGACUCUGAGAAAAAUGCUGAAUUCCAGGAGAUUGAACAGAUUCUGUCUCCAGAUUUUCUCCCAGCUGACCAGAUAACCAACCUGCUGAGAGAACACAACGUGGAUAUAAUUCAAGAAAAAAUGAGAGUAUUUCUGAAUUUUCAAAAUAUUCAUAUUUGCCUAAAAGACGCCAUUCUCUUAGACUACUAUGUGUCUGGGUUCUUUUGGGCCAAAGGAAUGGACUUUACUAUCGACCAAUGUUCAAAAUUUAUGACCUUGCUGGACAUGUUACUUCAUAAUCUUCAAACACUCCAUAUGUCCUUAGAGGACAGCAUCAAGUGGCUCGGCGAAGUGAUGGCAGAAAUUGGACCAAACCAUUCACAGAAGAAUGAGGAGCUGCACAUCUUUGAUGUCAGAGAAUCAAAGGCCAUCAUCGACUACUUAAAAAUCAGCUUAUUCCAGCACUACAGACUCUAUGAGUUUAUGUUCUACUCCACCAGGGAAGAAAUUGUCAUUGGAACUGAGCAAACCAUUGAGCUUGUCAAGCCUGCAGACCUCCCUUUCCCAGCCCCGUUGGAGGAAGGAAUCUCAGUGGACAUCUAUUCAACCUUCAUAGAGCCAUCACCAUCCCUGGAGUCAGAGCUGAAGGAGCUGGAUCAAGAGCAAGGAUCUCAGGAGUCCCUGCUGGAGACUGAAAGGGCAAAGAUGGAUCCUUUAGCUGGCUUCACCAUUGAUGAUGUAAAAUCAGCACUGGCUCGGGUGACAGAUGAGGUUCUGUUGAACAUUCAGAACGAGAUAAGCGAAAAGCUGCAAGUACAGGAAGAGGCCUUUAAUGCACGAAUAGAGAAAUUGAAAAAGACCUGAGGACUCAGUAAGAGCAAAGCGAUGCUGAACUUCAGAGAAACCAACAAAACUGGCCAGAAUAAUAGAGUCUCUAGAGUGCUGUGUCACCUGCAUGCGGCCGUGGAAGGAAAGCCCACUUUUCAUCAUCCUGACUGAUUAAGCAGUGUGUCGUCCUGCAUCUCACAUCUCACUCCCACCCCCGAGUUUGCAGCGCCGAGUGCAACAGCACGGCUUGGUGUGCAAGACUUGGGAGAAUUGUAUAUGAAAAUACAAUUACUGUUAGCACGACCCUAUGGCAUUUGACUAAUAAAUAUAUUCCUCUUCCAC